CUGUGUUUGUUUGGUCGUAAACAGACAAACGUGGAUACAAGAUAAACACCUUCAAAGACAGCAACAGUGCCAAACUCUGGAUCGUCCACAGAAACCUUUAUAUAGACGACUGUGAAGUGAAUUUAAGAGCGGGGCCCAAAUUAGGACUGGAGGUUCGGGGUCCGACUGCCGAGACAACUGACUACUCUACUCUGUAAGGGUUUGAGUGUGCAGCCCUGAUCAGCCAUGUCCCUGCGUGUCCUGCACGUUACCGGGUCGCACCGGGAGGUCGGUCGGCAGGUCGGCAGGACGUUCGGCAGACAGAUCCGGGAGUUUCUGGAGAAGUACCGAAACUUCAGGAACCUCCUUCUGCCCUUCCUAAACUCCGCCGAGGGAAGGCAGGUGUACGAAGGGUACUUGCAGGUGGCGCAGUCGGUUUACCCACAGUACAUAGAGGAGGUUCAGGGCACGGCAGAAGGUGCGCAGGUGUCGUUUGAGCACCUGUUUCUCCUGCACUGUCGUCCGGAGAUGCUUCUCAUGCUCAAGUCCAAACAGCAAAACGUGGACGAAACCUCAGGUUGUACGUCAGUUUUCCUGAACUUCUGCAACGGUCCCCGGCUGCUAGCUCACAACGAGGAUUGCGACGCGAACAUCCAAAAGCUCGGCUACGUCCUCGUGGCGAACGUCAAACCCUACCGGCUGCCGAACGGAGACGUUUUGCCCGAGGAAAACUUCACGGCGUUCUGUUACCCCGGGGUUCUGCCUGGAGUGGCGUACGGGUAUAACUCCCACGGGGUCUGCUUCUCAACUAACGCACUGCUGGCGAAAACACUCAAGUGUGACAGGAUCGUUCGUCAUUUCCUGAACCGCGCCCUUCUGACGGCCUCCUCUGUAGAACAGGCUGCCGGCAUCCUGCAGAACACGCCGGUGGGCGUGGCCAUGGGGUUCUGCAGUAACCUAGCAACGCUCCAUGACAACAGCGGCAGGAUGUACUCUAUAGAGUGCGCACCGGCUGAAGGGGAGUUGCCGGGCACUCUGGUGUCCGUGAGAGGGAUAGAACCGGUGGAGAAGGGUUCUGUGGGGCACUACUAUCACUACAACAUCACAAUAUUGAGUCUAAUAUAUUCACCUUCAGGUGACACAAAAGACCCGGACUACCCUGUCUAUCGGCACGGAACCGUGAAGGAUGAAGUCAGAACAGCAACAACAGCUAUUUUCCACCUCGAAGCAGGAGUGUUGGAGAUCUACACAGGCAACCCCAAAACCCAGCCAGAACCGGACUGUGUUUUCCAUCUUUGUGUUUAGAUUCAGCAUUAGAAAUUACUGUUAUGUAAUACUUUUAGUAAUGAAAGUAUUGUGUAACUGUCUCAGGCAUGGCAGACCUACUGAAAAUGUUGAAAUUAAGUUUUAAAAGAGAACAAUAUGGAACAUUUACUUUUUUUACUGUUGUAAAAUGUGAGCUGCCUUGCCGAUGGUAUGCUAUUGGUUACUCUUAGAGAGUAAAGUUAUUUCCAUACAAUAUACAAUGUGUUACGAAAAUGGAAAAUGUUCUUUGUCCCAUUUUUUUCAGAUUUUGAAGCUGUCUACAUUUAGUAUUUAUGGAUGUGAAGGGGAGACCACUCCACAAUGAUAUAAUCAUGAACAUUUCUGUACACAAUUUCGGAAAACAAGAUUUUAUUUGAAAAAUACAUCUGUUGGAAUUUCAAUCUUGUUGCAAACAAAGUAUAUACAUUCAGUUACCAGGAAAGUUUAAUAUGAACACGAAGGCACCUGAAAGUAAGGGUAUAGUAGUCCCUUAAGGGUAAAACAUCCAUGUAUUUCAACAGGAGUACAGAAUACAUAGUCACAAUGGCCCCCUAGAUAAUUUUCCCUUUGACACAAGCAUUAAAAAUCCUGUCCACAUUGACCAGGUCUGAGUCUUCCUCCUGGGUAGAUUUGACUGUGCACACAUAUGUACACACACACACGCGCGCACAAACACACACACACACACACACACAUACACACAUACACACCACACA